UCUCUCUCUAGGAUCUGUGUGUAUGUGUGUUAUGAAUGUUGGAGCGGUUUAACAAACACACAAGCAUUCUUGAUCACAUCACACCACAAACAUACAUACGCCUAAACCACCUUAAAUUAAAUUAAACUAAACUAAAUUCUGUGCAGAGUCUGUGAUACAUAAUCUUUAUUUAUACACACACACACACACAGAGCAUUAGAUAUGAUAACAUAAGGCAAGCCAAGACAUAACCCUUCUCCUUCCAGUUCCCUCAAGCUCAAUCUAUAAUAUAUACAUAUAUAUAUACAAAGGCAAGGGAUGGGCAACGCCGGCACCGCCAGCGCCAGCCGCCAGUGCGGGGAGGUGAUAUUGUCGGACGGCAAUAUGUUGAGUUACAGCAAGCCCCUCACAGUAGCUGAGCUGAUGCUAGAACACCCACAGGAAGUGGUGGUGGAAUUCCAUCCAGCCAUGAUCAUCAUCAACAACAAGAACAAGAAUAUCAAUUACAAGGCCACCCCAUUGCCAGCAGAUCACACCCUGGAUAUCCACAAGCUCUAUCUCAUGCUCCCCAAGGCCAAGGCCAAAUCCACAUCAUUGACGUCGUUCCAACAAGAACAAGCUCGCCUCAUUCUCGCAAAAGCAGCAGCAUCAGCAGCCACUUCUUCCCUCUCUGUGCUAAUAAACUUAAACCCGAAGCCCCUCCUCUCUUAUACUGGGGUUGUUCCUCUCUUCCUCAGGAUUUGCCCCGGAGGAGGAAGAGGACUUAAGCACCAAGCCUUCACCCCCCCUGUGUUGGUGGAGAAGAAGAAGCCGGUGCCGGAGAUGGAGAUGGACAUGGAUAUGGUAGAAGGUGGGAGGGAGGAGUUGUUGUUUCUGAGCAGACAGUUUUCAGGAAAGGGAUGGAAGCCCAGUUUGGAUACCAUCAAGGAGAAGACCAUCAAAGCAAAAGUCACCCAUUGGCUCCUCUAA